ACCCUGAUUCCCUUGCUGCACCUUUUGUUUGUUCGCUUUGUAUUAUACAAUAAUAUUUUUCUUCCACAAACCGAAAAAAACAAAAACAAAACAAAAGCAACGCCAUUCAUGCCAUCGCCUUUAGCGCCCACUAGCCGACUGCCACCAGCUUUAGAUAGCUUUUUCUAAUACGACAGCUAGAUCAACAUGCAUGUCUCGAGAAUCGUCACUUUGAUUUUCCAGACGCCACCUCUCAGAUGAUGCCACUGCCAGGGGUCCCUGCGGCUGCGUGGACUGUUCCCUCACUUUAUUCUCUGCCUCUGCUCUUCAGUUCCCCCUUCUCAUGUUCUCUCUGCCCUCAUUAUUUCCCAAUUCCUUCUGUGCGUUUGGUUUGCCAGACAACAGUGGAAAUGCAGAGCAAGUGAGAAGAAACUUGGAAUCUCACCACGGCUGCCUCCGCUCCUGACCCGAAAUGGAUGGUGAUUCAGGUCCAAGCUUGUUUCCCCUGCACCGCUGCAAAAUUCUUCACCUGGUGAGGCAUGCACAAGGGAUUCACAAUGUAGAAGGAGACAAAAACUAUGAUGCAUACUCGUCCCCUGAAUUUUUUGAUGCACAUCUUACGCCACUAGGCUGGCAGCAGGUUGACAAUUUACGUGAAUAUGUUCGUGCAUGUGGGAUUUUCAAGAGAAUUGAUUUAGUGAUUACUUCUCCUUUACUAAGGACUUUGCAAACUGCUGUUGGUGUGUUUGGUUGCGAGGACUGUCCAAAUAGCCUGGAUGUACCACCACUAAUGGUGGCAAAUGCUGGAUGUAGUGACCGCAGUGCAAUUUCAAGUCUAAAUUGUCCACCAUUUAUCGCAGUAGAACUUUGUCGGGAGGAGUGGGGAUUUUACCCAUGUGAUAAGAGAAGAAAUAUAACUGAUUAUCAGUUGCUGUUUCCUGCAAUCGAUUUUUCACUGAUAGAAAAUGAUGAAGACAUAUUGUGGAAGGCUGAUGUUAAAGAGACUGGGGAGGAAGUUGCAGCGAGGGGAAUGACGUUCAUGAAAUGGCUGUGGACAAGGAAAGAGAAGGAGAUAGCAAUUGUUACUCACAGUGGCUUCUUGUUUCAUACACUAAGUGCAUUUGGAAAUGAUUUGCAUCCUCCUCUGAAGAAAGAAUUUUGUGAACCUUUUGCAAAUUGCGAACUUCGUUCUUUCGUCAUUGUUGACAGAAGUAUGACAGGGUCAGACAUCUCAACAACUAAUUAUCCAGGAAAUAUUCCUUCUGGGCAAGAUCAUCCUAGCGAUAGCAUGGACGAGAAAAAUGCAGAGAACAAAAAAGCACCAAAUUCUGAAUUUACAUAGGAAAGAACAAAAGAGCAUGAUUCUUAUUCAAGUCUAACUUAUGCGUGGUGGAGAUUUGAAUCUUUUCAACGGGAAAAGUGAUCACUGGAAAUCUUUUUCUACUAGAAGAGGAAUGUAGUUGAGCAUGAGAUGAUUUAAUGAGCAUUGUCCCGGGCUUGGCUUUUCAGAGGGCUAACAAGAGGUAGUUUGCAGUUGCCAACAGACCUCUGUUUAGACCAGUAGCUGAUGGUAAUCUGACAAUAUAUACAUGUAAGUUAGUGUUUUGAUGUAUUUCAGAAGCCUAAAAGCCCUUGGUGAUUUCCUCUUUCUGCCUUGUGCUUUCUCUAGUUCAUUUUUCAUUUUUCCCACUUGUGCCACAUUGCUUGAGAAGCUAUUCUCAGUUUACCUUACAUAGAUGCACUGGUUUUUACUAGCA